GGGCUUCUCCUGGUCGGAACCCGGGCCGCUUGGGCUGUCGUGGGGCUCUGUCUGGCUGACUGGGGCUCUCAUAUGUACAGUCCUGGGCUUGGACACCUUCGCUCAUCUGUGAAGUCGUCUUUGGAGGUGUUUUGUCGCAGCGUAGAGUUGCGGGGGGGGGAAGAGAGGCCCCCUGUUAGCUUCUCCUUUAGCUUUAAAAAACUGAGAUGUAUCCAAGUAAACUACUCAGAGUAGACCCGCUGGAGUUAAUGUACCUUAACUUGGUCAAGUCCAUUCAUUUCAGUGAUUCUCAUCUUGGUGUGUGCCGGUUAUGGAGAGAGUGCUCCCGCAGAAUCUUGAGAACCCAGCAGAGUGUUGCUUGGGUUUCUACAGUAGAACAAGGACCAUCAAAUAGUCAUGCUCUGGUCCGGGUGUUGACAGAGGAGCUUGAGAAGGUUCACGUGCUGCCCCAGACAGUGUUGUAUAUAGCAGAUGCAGAAACAUUCACUGGACAUGAAGAGUGCCACAGCCAUGGACAGAAGAAAGCACGAAGAAGAAAUAGCAAAGAAACAGCCACUGCAUUAGAAAAACUAUUGCCCGAACGAUGCCAAGUCCUUGGUCUAGUGACACCUGGAGUUGUAGUUACACCAAUAGGCUCUCACAGCAAUCGACCUCUGGAGAUUGAAGAUGGUGAAGCCGGCUUUGCAUUAUUGUUCCCCAAGAUUGAUGGGGUGAAGAUUCAGACCUUUCAUUUUUUUAAAGACUUGAAGACCAGGGUCCUUGAUGAAAGCCAGUUUGCUGAAGCAGGCCUGAAGAAUAACCCCGAUCUCAGAGUGGUUCUUCUGUUUGGGUACAACACGUGGAAGUCAGGAGCAACACAGUUUCUACACCAAAUAGUCAAUCGUUUGAAUGAAAAAAGCAUCAUCUUGGCUGGGGGACAUGUGGAGAGCUUUACAUCUCUAACUUCUGAGAAUAAUGCUCAGGCUGGUGAUUCUUGUGGUGUUGUCGGCUUGGCUUUUAGUGGACCCCAGAUCCAGAGUGCUACCGUUCUGUUAGAUCAGGAUGUAAUUGAUGAGAGGACAGCAGAAGCUGCAAUGCAGCGCCUCAAGGCCGCAAACAUUCCUGAACACAAUAGCCUCGGUUUUAUGUUUGCAUGUGUUGGCAGGGGAUAUCAACAUUACAAAACCAAACAGAACCUUGAAGCUGAUGCUUUUAGGAAGUUCUUCCCUAACAUUCCCCUCUUUGGCUUUUUUGGACAUGGGGAGAUAGGAUGUGAUCGAAUUGUGACUGGGAAUUUUAUACUCCGAGAGUAUAAUGACACGAAGGAUGACCUGCUCCAUGGUUAUACCACUGUAAUGACUCUUAUCCAUCUGGGUUCAGCCAAAGCAAACCAAGCUUAAACAUUUCUUUGUAAAUAUCACCAGAGAACCCAGGCUCUUUUAAUUCCAGCCAUGGUGAAAAAAACUGGAACGCUAUACACACUUCCAGCAGAGGUAGUUUAUGAAACAAAAGUUAUCAUUGUCCCCUUGACUUUAGGCCAUCUAGCUGGCAUAAGAUUAAUCUGAAUGAGGAAGAGUGGAAAUUUUAAAACUGCAAAUAAGUCAGAUCUCUGGUAAAAUAAUUUUAUUUCAUUCCUAAAGUUGCAAAUGAUUUAGGUCAGCAUUAAGUUGAAACUUGUUAGUGAACAUUCUUUGGAAGUGAAAUAAUUCCAUUCUUUGGAAGUGAAAUAAUCAGCAUUUCUGCAUGCAGUUUGUGGAUUAAACUUUGAUACAACAAUCAAGUUAAGCAUUAAAUGAACUUUCAGGUAGUUUUUUUUUUUAAGUGGCUGUGCCUUUUAUUACUCAGCAAGCUCUUUCAAGAAGCAAACCUGCUUUUCUGAACUCAAUACUUUUAACAGCAGUUUGAGGUAAGAUGGUGAAGUAUAUGUGCAGAGCCAGCCAAAUUUAAAACAUUGAAUAAUUCUUGGAUACCUGGACUGUAUUUUAAUCUACCAUCUUUAAGAAAGAAUAAGACUGUCUGGAUGGAGCCUUAGGACUUUUCUCAGUUAAACUCUGUAGACUAGAAAGUGUCCUUUACUAAACUAUUAUAAAUGA